AUGGCUUAUACUGCCCAUAUCGUACCUUCAUCCUCCCGGACCGCCUCUCCGGCGGCCUCGAGCCCAGAGCCCAGCAGCAACAUGACCAAGGCCACGACAGAUUCCACCAAAGGUGGCAAACGUAAGGGUAUGCUCCAAACUGUGCGCGCCAAUGAUCGGGAGGCUCAGCGAGCCAUUCGAGCACGUACGAAGGAGCACAUCGAAAGCCUCGAGAGGGAAUUAGAUGAGCUUCGAAGUCGACACAACCGAGAUCAUGCUAUUCAGGACCUACUCCGGAGAAACAAGGCACUCGAAGACGAAGUCCACCGUUUGAGGAACGGUCUGGGGAUGCGCACCACCGGUACAAGUGGGCCGUACCAAGCUCGUAUGUUAACGGCGCACCAACAUGCCAACAUUGCGGACAGUCGAGCUGACUGGUCUGUAGAAUACAAGGGCUGCGACUCGGGAGCAUCCUCUUUCGGGCAGUCGACACCAGAGUACUCCAUGAUGUCGGACAUUCCGCCCCCCUACCACGGCAUUUCUGCCACCACCGAUGGCUGGCCAUCGGCUGUGCCCUGCUCUGUACCUUCCAACGUCUCUAGCCCCUCCUCCUCUUCAGGGGCGAAUGAAGACUUUGUAUACUACCCAACGAGUGCCCCCUCUGCUGUCUUUGAGAGAACCAGCAUACCGGCAACUUUGAACUCUCCUGCUGCCUCCUGCAUUGGUAGUGAUGCCGGCUUUGAUGAUGUCAAAUCCGAGUUUGGAUGCCCAUCCGUCAACAUCAUGCCCCUAACUCCCAGCUAUCACCAUCAGCCGUGGAACGUGUACCCCGUGUACUACCAAGCGUCCCCAGCAGCCUUAUAA